AUGAAAUUGAAGAGAACAGACGGGGAGUGGCUGUGGACGAACUUUAAAUAUGAAUUUCUUCCCACGUUCUGUUUCAUAUGUGGUAUUAUUGGCCAUUCGGAGAGGUUUUGUUCUCGGAUUUAUGACACCCCGCUGGAACUGAUAGGAAAACCUUAUGGUUUGUGGAUGAAGGCUCAACCUCAAAGGAAAAACAAGUUGAUAGGAGCUCGGUGGCUUAGGACAGGGACAGCUGCGGAUUCCCAGUUCUCCGAUGAAGGUGUAAACGGAAGUGAUGAACCAUUGAAUGAGGGGGUUAAUGCAUUGAAGGGUAAGAAUGGAGUAGACAAAGUCAACCCUCAGCAAGAAGCUCUAAUGAUUACUGAUUCAAAACGUAGAAGAACUAAGGUGGCAGGCAAGGAAGUAAUGGAAGAGGAUGAGGUGGAAAUUUAUAAUGGAAAUGGUUCAGUUUCAAAAAACGGGUAUUUGCUAGAGUUUGAAGGUGCUUUUUCUUGUGAUGUCCAAGGAAGGAGUGGUGGGAUUGCUAUGCUUUGGAGGAAUAAAGAUGAGUUUUCUCUAAUUAGAUAUGGUCACGAUUACAUUGAUGUCCAAAUUACCAAUUCUGAUGGAGUCAUUUGGAGGCUGACUGGUUGUUAUGGGGAACCAAAUAGGAGUUUGAGAGUUCAUAAGAAAGGAGGUGUGCCUUAUCCUGACUGGCUCUUGGAAGGAUUUCAUCAAGCUUUGGUGGAUAGUAAAUUAUGUGAUUUCAAUCUCUCAGGUUAUCCUUAUACUUGGGAGAAAGGGAGGACAUCGUUAAAUUGGAUUGAAGUUCGCCUUGAUCGAGCCCUUGUAUCUCAAAGUUGGUUAAGUGUUUUUCACUCGGCUAAACUUACUAACCUUGAGCUUACUAGUUCUGAUCACUGCCCUAUUCUUCUUGAACCUGUUAACAAUUUCGUCCCUGUCAAAAAGCAAUUCAGGUUUGAAAACUCUUGGCUAAGAGAACCUUUAUGUCUCCAAAUUGUUGAAGACAGUUGGGCAGCUAGCAAUCACAUGGAUGUUAUGGGUAAAGCUGCUCAUUUCAAGAGAGGUCGAGAUGAUGUUUCCAUAGCUGGUUUCAAAGAUGCUGAAAAACAGUUGUUUGAAGUUUAUGCUCAAAGAGAGGUCUUUUGGAGUCAAAGAUCGAAGCAACUCUGGCUUCGUGAUGGUGAUCAAAACAGUCGCUACUUUCAUGCUGCAGCAACCACCCGAAGGAGAAACAACUCCAUUACUAAACUUCAAAAUGCUACUGGGGUCUGGUGCAACUGGGAUAUAGGUUUGAGUGUGGUUAUUAAAGAGUAUUUUGAUGAAUUAUAUUGUGCUUCACCUGUGAACUUCGCCACUGUUAUUGAUAAUAUUGGCCCUUCGGUAUCUAUUCAACAAAAUAUUGACUUACUGUCAGCUGUCACGGAGGAGGAAGUGAAGAAUGCGCUCUUUCAAAUGCAGCCCGAAAAGUCUCCCGGUCCGGAUGGCAUGACUCCGAGGUUCUUUCAAAAAUGUUUGCAUAUUGUUAAGGAAGAUAUCGUUUCUUUGGUUCGUCAAUUUUUUGCUGAUGGUUCUCUUCCUCACUGGCUUAACAGAACCUUCAUUGUUCUAGUUCCUAAGAAGAAAAGUCCUAGCAACGUGGGAGAUUUAAGACCGAUCUUCUUAUGCAAUGUCCUUUAUAAGGUUGUUUCGAAGGUCAUGGCUAACCGUCUAAAAGCUGUCUUACCACAAUUGAUAUCCGAAACACAAAGUGCUUUUGUCCCUGGGAGGUUUAUGACCAAUAAUAUCAUGAUCUCGUAUGAAGUCAUGCAUUAUCUUAAACAGAAAAGAUUGGGCAAGGAGGGAUAUAUGGCCUUGAAACAUUAUUUUAGCAAGGCAUAUGACAGAGUCGAGUGGAAAUUUCUUGAAGCUGUUCUGCAGAGAAUGGGGUUUGAUGCUAAGUGGAUCUUUCUUGUAUUGUCUUGUAUCUCGUCUGUGGAGUAUACGGUCACUCAUAGUGGUAGGCAUAUUGGUCCAGUUGUGCCAACUAGGGGAAUUCGUCAAGGCGAUCCGUUAUCUUCAUACUUGUUCUUAAUUUGUGCCGAGGCUUUCUCUUCAUUAAUUAAGCAUUAUGAAGUUUCACAGCAAAUUAGAGGCAUUCGGGUAGCUAAUGGGGCUCCAGUCUUUUCUCAAAUGUUAUUCGCAGAUGAUAGUUAUGUCUUUUGCCGAGCUAAUGACAAUGAUUCUAAUAAGAUGUUGACACUACUACAUGAUUUCGAAUAUGCCUCUGGCCAGAAGGUAAAUUUUUCGAAGUCCUCGGUCUUUUUUAGCUGCAAUACUCAACCUGGUGUGCGUGCUUUAAUUUGUCAAAGGAUGGGUAUUCAGGAGGCUGGGGAGAACAGUCUUUACUUGGGGCUUCCUUGUAUCAUUGGAAGAAAUAAAAAUGCGGUGUUUGGUUUUGUGAAGGACAAGGUUUGUAAGCGUAUUCUCAACUGGGAAGGACGGUUCUUAUCCAAGGCAGGUAAAGAACUUCUUAAAAUAGUGGCUCAAGCUAUCCCUAAUCAUGCAAUGUCUGUUUUUCUUUUUCCUUUAAAGACUUGUAAAGCCAUUGAGAGUGUUAUGAGCAAGUAUUGGUGGCAAUCUUCAAAGCAAAGCCGUGGGGUGUCUUGGUUGAGCUGGAAUAAGUUAUGCAAUCAUAAGAAUGUUGGGGGUCUUGGAUUUAAAGAUCUAAGACAGUAUAAUAUUGCUUUACUGGGAAAGCAAUCUUGGAGGUUGCUGAUGCAUGAUUCUGCAUUAGUGACAAAGGUGUUUAAAGCAAGAUACUUCCCUAAUAGCUCCUUCUUGGCUGCCCAACUAGGAAAUAAUCCAAGCUAUGUGUGGAGAAGCUUGUUUGCGACUAAGAAUCUGAUGUUGGCAGGGGUAAGAAAUGGUAUUGCUAGUGGUUUACAAACGUCUAUUUUAGGGGAUCCGUGGCUUCCUCAUGAAGAGUACCCUUUUGUUCAAUCGGAUCACCCUGCUCUUAGUAACCAGCUGGUGUCUUCUUUAAUGUGUGUCAAUGCUAAACAAUGGGAUAUGGAGAUCAUCAAUGACCUGUUCAAUGCAAGAGAUCAGAGCCUAAUUAUGAGUGUUCCUUUGCCUAUGACUGUUCAUGAAGACUGCUGGACUUGGAGUAAAGAGAAAUCUGGUUUCUAUUCUGUUAAGAGCGCUUACGGGUGGCUACGAAACCAGUCGAUACCUGUUGGUGCGGACGCUAGUUUGUGGAAAAAUUUCUGGAAAAUCAAAGUGCAACCGAAAGUCCUCCACUUCGGGUGGCGAGCUAUAUUUGGUAUACUUGCUACUAAAGUCCAACUUAAUACCAAACAUGUCUAUGUUAACAGAAUAUGUAGGUUCUGCAACAUGGCCGAAGAGACUAUCAUGCAUAUUUUGGUGAGUUGCAAUUUUGCCAAGUCUUGUUGGCAUAGAUCUUCUCUCAACAUUACCUCCUUUUCUCAGCAUCAUUUCUAUACUUGGUUCCAAGAUUUAAUGAGUAGCAAUUCGAGUGAACAACUUGAGGAAGCUCUUAUGUGUGCUCAAGAAUGUAAGUUAGAGCCUCAUUUGUCUCAUUUUGAGAUUGGAAAGGAGGUGGAGCACUGGACGAAACCAGAUGUGAACAUGGUAAAGGUUAAUGUGGAUGGAGCUAUUUUUGAGGCAUUGCAUUCUUUUGGUUUUGGUUUCAUUGCUCGAGAUUGUAAUGGAGAGAUUAUUGAAGCUGGCUCUUUUAGUAAGAGUGGGACAUCUUCACCUGAAAUUGUAGAAUUGAUUGGUAUUAAGGAAGCUCUCAGUUGGAUUAAAGAUAAGUCAUGGGACAACAUUUUGCUCGAGACUGAUUGCCUUCUUGUUGUUCAAGCCAUCUAUACCAGCGUUGUUAUGCCUUCAACUUUUGGUAUGUUGGUUCAAGAUUGCCAAUACUUGCUUUCACAGAUGUCUCAUGUCAAAUUGUGUUUUGUUAAGCAUUCUGUUAAUGAGGCCGCGCAUUUCCUUGCGCGUAAUUCUUGUUAUUUGUCAGAUUGUAUUUUUGUUAAGGAUAAUUCUCCUUCUGAUUUGCUAAGAAUUGUAUUGGAUGAUAUUAAAGUUUAA